AUGGACUUAUUUAAUAGUAAUUCAGAUAAUAGUAAUGAUGUACUUAAAAAAAAAAAGUUAGAUAGAAAAAAACCCUCAAAAAAAAAAUUUUUAUUUAGUAGUAGCUCAGAUAAUACUAGUAAUACAACAAUAAAAUACCAGAUAGAAAAAAAAAAAAAAAAAAAUAGAAAGAAAAGAAUUUUAUAUAAUACUAGUUCAGAUAAUAAUAGUGACAAAUCUAAAACAAAUAAAAUAGAAAAAAAAAAAAAAAAGGAAAAAAGUACUUUAUUUAGUAGUAACUCAGAUAAAGAUAGUAUUAUAUCUAAAACAAAUAAAAAGAAAAAAAGCACUUUAUUUAGUAGUAACUCAGAUAAAGAUAGUAUUAUAUCUAAAACAAAUAAAAAGAAAAAAAGUAAAAGAAAAUUAAAAAGGUGUAAGCAAAAUAUAUAUUAUUGGAAAAAAGAUAAUGAUAAAUUGUCUAAUGCAACUCAGGAAAAUCAAGUGGAAUUUACUAAUAUUAAAAGUUGUAACGAUAAUAAUUUUAAUAAUAAUAAUGAUUAUUAUUAUGAAGAAAUAAUAAUUGGAAGGAAAAAUAAAGAAAUUGAAAAAUCUAAUAAUAUUGAAAACUAUUUGGUAAAAAAUAUUAGUAAGGAUAAUUUUGUAAAUAAAAAAGAAAAUUAUGACAAAUUAGAGGAUUUUAAUAAAUUACAAAAUUAUGAUGAAACAAUUGAUGAUCCUAUAGCGAAAUGUAAUAAGCACAAAAGUUGCAAAAAUUUAAAGACUUAUAAUAAUAAAAAUGAUAAAAAUUUGAAUGAUUUCUAUGAUGAUGAAAAAUCAGGUGUAUAUCGCUUAAUAAAUUUUGAAAAAUUUAAAAAAAGAGCAUAUAGAAAUCUUAAUUUUUUAAGUAUUGUAGAUAUUACUAGAACGCAUAGUGAAUCUGAUGAAGAAAGAGAAAAUAGCGAAAAAGAUUCUGAAGAUGAUAUAUUAAACUUAACAGAUAAAAGUGAUUCAUCCUUAAAAUCUAACCAAAUAUUUGAUAAUUCUUUUUUUUCUAAUGAUUAUCAAAGUUCUAAAAGUUCUGAUAGUAAUAACAAAACAUUAGAUAUAUAUAAUUAUUAUUAUUUAGAUAAUAAUAAUAAUUCUAAGAAAGAUAAAAAUUUCGAGAAAUCAAUAUAUAAUUCGAAUAAGUAUUCCGAUUUAUAUUCUUAUUUAUUUAACAUAAAUGAACAAAAUCAUGAAGAGUGCGAAAAGGAAGAAGUAAGAGGAAAAGAGAAAUAUAAUGAAGAAGAAAAAAGUAAAAAAGAAAAUAAUAAUAAUUAUAAAAAUUCGGAAAAAUACAAAGAUAAAAAAAUUAAAUUAAAAAACGAUGAUGAUAAAAAAAAGAUAUUAUUAAAAAAAAACUUAAUUUUAUAUAGAAACUUCAAAAAUAUAAACAAUGAAAUAUCACGACAAAAUAAUAUAAAAGGAUUAAAAUUUAAAGAAAUGGUAUAUAAUUUUAUAAGAAUAAUAAAUAGAAAUGUUUUAACGAUGAAUCAAGAAGAAAAUAAAAAAAAAAAAAAAAGUCAUUAUAACAAUAUAUCUGACAACACAAGUGAGGUUGAAUCUGUAUUCAAUUUAGAAAAUAAUAAUGAGGAAGAUGAAAUUUUGCAAAAAGCUCAAUGCUUAUGCAUAUUUUGCUCAGAAAAAAAUAAAAUACUAAAUAAAAAUGAGUUAGACUUAAUUAUAUUUAAAUAUAUUGAAGCAAAUAAGAAGAAUAGCACAGUGAUUAAACCAUUUUUUAUGGAUAAUUAUAUUUUCAUAUCCUACUUAAAUUUUUCCAUUCAUUAUCAAAAUAUAAUUUUAUGUAAAAAAGAAAAAAAUAUUGAAAAGUUAAAAAAUUCCAAAUUUUAUAAAUAUAGUAUAAAUAUGAAAAGAAGGCAUAAAAUCAAUAAAAUUAUCCAUUUUGUUGCUGGAAAAAUAACACUUACUACUUUAGCUUUAUAUAUACAAGGUUUUAAUUUUUUAAAUGAUAAAGAACAAUUUGUUGCUGUUAUUAAUUUUUUAAAAUGGAAGAAAAUAAGAAAAAAUUAUUUUGAAAUAUUAAAAUUAAAAAGAAAUAAAGAAAAUUUGAAGAUACACAAAAGUUGUUCUUUUUUAAUUAAUGCAGUAGAUAAAUUUUGCGCAUUAAAUAAUAUUCAUAUUGAUGAUAUGAAUAAAUAUAAUGUAAAGACAAGUAAAAUAGAUAAAAAAAAAAAAUUUUAUUUUCAUAAUAAUAAAUUUGGAGAGAACUCAUUAUUCUCUUAUAAUGAAUUAAAAAUAGAACAAAUAGAAAAUUCAUUAAAUCUAAAUUUAAAAAAUUCUAAUUUACAAUUUCUAUUUUUUGAUCCAUUAUAUAUUUCAUUUAAAAAUACAUUUCAUUUAUAUCCAGAACAUAUAAUUAUACUCUUUUAA